AUGCCUGUUGAUUUGUACUCUAUUAGAUAUAUUGAUUGUUCCGAAUGGGAGAAGAGCAUUAGAGGAACCUUCAAGUUCUCUGCUUUUAUUGUUCCUCACGAUGAUGUACUGAAAAAAGUUUGUCCAUAUGAUAAGAUACCACUAGAUGUGUCACUUGUUCAUGUGGCAGAUUACAGUCAAUACUUUGAUAUUCAUGAUAAUCCAAGAGCCUUACUCUCUAUUCAGGCUCCAUCAUCAAAGAGAGAAACAAAUCAAUUACAACAACAAUCGAAAGAUAAUAGCUCACUUUCUUUCCAUCCUUUGGAUUACGUCUUUUCCAGUGAGAUUAGAUAUGAGCUAUUUCUAUAUUGUGAUGAUCAACUGUUAUUGCAGAGGUUUAUUUCACCAUAUGAAUGGAUUCCAAACUCUCAAAAACAAGGUAAACAUGUUGAUCAAACUAUUGGACAUUACAAUCAAUUAAAGAUUCAAUUCAAGUUUGUGAGUGAAGGUAAGGCAAGUGCUACAUUAACGAGGAGAGAGAAACUCAAAUCAAGUAACGAAAUUGCAGCAGAUUGUAAGAGAAGAAAAUUGGAGAAUACAUCUAAUGAAAUCAAUAACCAAUUUUAUCAAAUUCAAAAGAUUACUUUCCAUUUUAGUUUGUGGGAUUAUUGA